UUGAUUUAUGACUAAAUGAAAGGUUUCCUACAACUGAAGUCACAAGGUUGAAGACGAGAUUCAAAGCAGAGCACAAGAAGACAAGAAAAAACAAGAAGUUAAUCCAGGAGGAUGCUACAAAUAUUGCCUGCCAUAGGACUCUUGCAUACUGUAGAAAGCCUCAUUCUAAGCCUGUAAAAGAACCAACACACAAAAUGUUUAAAAAAGUGAAGACAAAUAAGGAAGCUGAAAGGGAGAAAAAACAAAAGAGAAAAGCAGUCAAACAGACAGUAGAGAAAGAAACCAAACAAAGAACUAAAGAAGAAAAAAAGAACACAAAUCUACUGAAAAAUAAACCCUGUUCUUUAACAGAAGCAGUUCAACCUCUGAAAGACCCUUCUAUCAGUAGCAUAGAUGCACCACAUAAGGAACUAAUGCUAAAGAUAACAGGAACAAUCAAUGAGAGGGUCCCUUCUGUAAAAAAUGAUUUAGAUCAAGAACAAGAGAUACAUAAGCCAAAAAUGAACAAAGGUACUGAAGACCAAAGUAAAAUAAUUAUAAAAGCAAAAAAUGAAGACACCAAAGUUAUUCUGGAGCAGCAGGAUGAUGAAACAGUUGUCAAAGGUAGGGCACAGAGCCUACUGUUUGAUAAAACCGAAAUGGCAUCCCUUGGACACAACACGAGAAAGGCUGUAAUAAAUUCUGAUGAAGAAACAGAGUGGGAUGUGAGUGAAGGGUUACAUUUGAUAACCCCAAGAAAAAGAGUGACACAUUUUUUCAAGAUGACUGAUUGGAUUCAAAAGAAAAUGCCACAAAAAAUAAACUUACGGAAGAAGAUUUCUGCUCUGACUAAAGCAGUUGGUAUAACCAGCUGGCUUCGAACCCUAAAGCAAAAACAAAGCAGCAGCAGAUCUAGGGACCAAGUUUUUAGACACAGAGUGGCUAUGAGGAUUGUCUGUAAAACCAGGGUAGCUAGUCAAAAAAACAAAAGUUCUGCAGAGGACAAACUUAAGAAAGAAAAAGCCAGGCCCCGGGAAACCAAUGGAGAUGCCACAGAAGAAAUAACCAUGGUCAGCAAUAAAGAACUAGAUGCCAAAUACGCAGUAGUACUUCCUAGAGUGAAAAAACUGACAAAGGCAAAGACAGCUGAGACACAUAAGACAGUUCCUUCUAUGUCAAAUUCAUCAGGAGGACACAUCACUUGCAAGGCCAAACCCCCAAAGCCAGGAGCUAAACUGGUACUUCCUUCCAAACCAGAUCUCAGUCUCCUGAAGUCCAUGAAAAAGUCAUUGUCAGAAAAUUUGCUAUCAGAUGAAGAUGUGGAAAAAAGGGGUAGUAAGUUUCUCAACAACUCAGAAGAAUUAUCCAUAGAAAAGAACAUUACCAGUAGAGCUAUGUUAGAAAACCAAGAUGGAGUCAGUGUGCUACGUGGUGCAAGAGACAAGCUAAAACCUUCUCAGAUGUCAGUGGGAAUGUUAGGCAAUGGACUAACACAACCCAAGUGUGUACAUACAGAUGUAGAAGUGGCUGACCACACACAAAGAUCUGUAUCUCAAUGUUCUUCAAAUGAAGUGACAAGUUUUGCAAAAACAGGUGUCUGUUCAUUGUAUGAAGAAGAAGCAGACCAAGAAGUUGCACUGUUGAUGGGUGGGAAUGGAUUAAAUACUAUUGCCCAGCCAAAGUUUCACUGGACUGGAAACAACCAGAUGAGUGGAGACGCUCAGACUUGGCUUCAGACAGAAAACUUGCUUCCCCAUCAGACAGUUGAGAAGCUAACUAAGUGGACAGUCUAUGAUGAUGAUGGACAAGCUAGGACUCAGAGCAGCAGGGGACACUGGGAAUCAGAAGAUUCAACCCAAGAGAUGGCUGAGACUCAGCUAAUUAGCACACAGGUUUUGAUGCCUGGGAAUAAAAUAACAGUCGAAUUGGAUGAGGUAGAAGAUCUUACAUACCUAGAAGAUGUGUCUGAGAGCUCUGUGCUAUUGAAUCUGAAGAAGAGGUUUGACCGUGACUGUAUUUAUGUAAGUUCCACUGUUAUUCUAAACCUUUCAAAUAAAAAAAUGAAGAAGUACAGUAUAAGAAAUACAAAUCAAGGAGUAUUGGUAACACCUUCUCGCUCUUUGACUGCUGGAGACAGGCACCAGCACCCCUCAUGACCCCACUAGGGAUAAGCGUGUUAAGUAUGGAUCCAUCCAUCAAUGGACGGAUGUAUGUAUGGAUGAAUGAAUGGGUGGAUGGUAGCACCUUUGCAGAUGGACUUAAAGUGUCGCUGACACAAUAAAUCCACUUACACAAUUUAAAAAGAUGAACUACUCUGUUUUCAUUCAGUGAACAC